AUGAAAAGACCUUUGACAUUCACACCUAUUGAUCCAUCAAAACCACUGCCAUAUCCAGCUGUCGCCAAAACACGUAGUGGUCUCAUCUGUGAUUCCAACCUUUGCAUCAACCAAAGACCUCACUCCACCAUCUACUAUCAACCCAAGAAGCAACCUCAAAACAUUGGAUUGAGGUGCAACCACGACGAUAAAUACUACCGUACACAUAAUACUCAGUGGUACAAUAACGAGGUACUAGCAUACAACACAGAAAAACAUUUGCGAGGGUUUUUACCUAUAGGAUACAAUUCUCCUAUUCAACGAACGAGACCUUCAAGCAGGUUGCUCAACAACCAAAUUCAGGCCAAUCACGAAUUUGCUAUGAAUCUUAACAACAUGCUGAAUGGGGAAGGAGGGCCUCCCACACCUACUUGUAGUCAAAAAACCAACGGUGCAGGUUCCUUUUUGACUGUGUCGCAGACGUGCCGCGGGAUCGAUGGUAAACUAGCUGUUGGUCACAAUCCGAAAAACAACAGUCAAUGCCCUAAAAAUGCAUGUUUCGAAUGCUGCUACCAGCUGAACGCAGCCAGGGGAUGCACCAAGCACGCCAGCAUUGAAGACGCAAAUAUCCAAGUGGACCGAGUGGAUCAGGACCCCAAGCCCCAUCUCAUGCGACCUGCUCAAACGGAACGACGACCUGCUCAGCCAGAACGUAUGUUUUCACAGGGUGUGGAAGGCACCAGUUUAGAACGAUUUCGAAGUGUUACCAUCCAGGAUCAGGCCAACCAGCGCAUGUCGAAAGAAGGCAACGAUAAGGUCAACAAGACCAUUACGUUGGUACUUUGGCCGGGAACUGAGCCUGACCCAUUAGAAUGCAAGGUUUGGUGUGUCCUUGCACCUCAAUGGCCGAAAUUCGCAUUAGAACACUCCGCCCAGCUCACCAAAGAAGUUACCAACGUGCUAGGAUCAGAUUUCAGCGGGUGUUUACAAGUAUGGAAUGUUGAUGAAAACCUCUGGGUGCUAUUGGAAAUGGACACUCUUGAACAAUACCACAUAGACACGCGCAAAAUAUUAGUCGCAUUCCCUGGUAUCGAACCUAUGGAAUGCAAAACCGUUGACACUCACUUGGCUUCAAUUUCAGCAAAGUUAUCUACGGACUCUUGCCACCUGCUACAUCCGGCACAUCAAACGCCUACCUCUUCAUUGAGAGCUAGACAGCCCACCUCUUCAUGCGAAAAAGCUACACCACCGUCUAAUCUAGGGCCACCUCCUGACGAUGAAGAAGAUAUAACGACACCACGGCCAAGCCCAUCUGUUACGCAGCUUUCCAAAACUGACGAGCUUGAUACACCCCAACCACAGCCUGCCCAGUCCAAUUGCAAGCGCGCACACGCUUCAUCCAAAAUUGAAUCCGAGGACGAGCAUGGCAACACCCCCAGUUGGCCGUUGAGUGUGACAAUGAACGAGAUGUCCAACUUUUACCAUUUGACCAUUGGGCCAAGAAAGAUGGUGUACGAGCAGGCAUUCAAAAUGUUGUUCAGCAAAACGCAUAAGUACAAGGCAUCUACCGUUUUGUGUUAUCGACGGUGGCUCCACUUCAUCACUUCUAAAACACUAUUAGCAUAUGUGGCCUCCAAUGGAGGGAAGUCAGUACGCAAGGGUCAAACCAAAUUUCUGUCACAAUGGGAUAGAGCUUGCAACCAAGCUGACCAAGAAAGAGCAACAAAUUGCCAACAAUUUGACCUAUCAGAUUAG